UCUGAAUACCAACCACCAUGCCCUUCCCUCUCCCUCCAGAGCUAUUGUCCCUCAUUCUCGAAUUCGUAGAAACAGAAGAUUUAGGAGAGCGUAGAACGAUUAUCUCUUGCGCGCAGGUCUCUCGAACAUGGUGCACAUCUUCCCAACCAUACAUUUUCCGACAUAUCGAAAUCGCCGUUUCGAAACCCAACACACAAAGAUGGCUCGAACGACUCAUAGAAUGGGAAACAACGGGGUUCAUUUCACUCAUUCUUCACGUCACUCUACUCGGGGAUAACUAUUCAAUCCGUGUAAACGUGGGGAUCGCCGAAUGGGAGGUAGACGUCGCAGAGGAACUGGGACGGCGAUUGACUCACGUCGAAAGCUUGAAUCUUUACCGUUUCGAGGAGAAGUCUAAUGAUUAUUCCAUUCAUAACCUAGAACCCCACUUCGCUUUCCUCAAGCAUCUAGGUGCCGCUAAAGGAGGCCUUCAAAAACUCAGGUUAUCCCACGUCCAUUUUGAAAGUCCGGAUAAACUGUUCCAUUAUCUGGCUAACGUACCCGGACAGCCGACAGAAUUAUCUCUUAUGGCUGCAGGACGUUUUCAUUACUUUGAUGUCACGGAUCGCUACGAAGACUCCGGGUAUCCGAGCGCCACGCUACUGCAGCCCGCUUCCCGUUGGCCAUUGACCUCUUUAAUUCUUUACGCUACCGAUUUGAGGAAGGACGUGAUAUCGUGGCUGUUGAGUCCCGCCAUUGAUUUGACACGCCUUCAAUCACUGGUCGUUGCCGCAGCUAAUCGCCAGGAACGCGUUCCUAAUGCUACCGAGCAGCCUGCAGCGUCCUUGUUUGAGCAACUGGUUACGGCUAUCGGACGAUCCGUCAGGAAAUUAACGCUAGGAAUUGAGGGCCGUCUUAACCCCUCUACUGAUCGCUUCACCGCCGACACGAUGACACGUUUCACAUCGCUGGAACAGUUACUUAUUCUAUCAGAUAAUCGCAUCAACCCCACAAAUGGGCUCUCCCGAGCUCUCUAUCUCGUGCCUGGUCUAGACGGUAAUAAAUCUCUUACAGAGAUAGUUUUAGCCGUUGACGUCACGGUGGAUACGAACAUGGGGCACGAAAUCGAUGAUAUUUCGUCAUUGAACGGUUGGGGUGACCUCGACAGAGAACUGGAUGGCGCGACACUACCAUGUCUUCGACGACUGUUUGUAAUUGUGAGGCUCUGUUUCAUGAUAACAGUCAGGCUGGAUGGGGAUUCUCUCGCGAAACUUGAAGACGCUGUCAGAACACGAAUGCCACGGCUUUUAGUUAGGGGAUUACUGGAGAUUAAAGUGGAGAAGUAUCACCGGGGGAAGUCUCUAAAAGAGUACUAUCAUCGUCCUUGGUCGUAUCAUAUUCAUGACCGUGAAUUGUAACAUAUCCGGGCAGCUGAUUCAAUGUACUGACAUGCAGUCUGCUGGAUAGUACGUGUCAGUUUGCGGAAAUGUGUACUGGGUGAGUG